GGACCUGCCCCCGCCUCGUUCCCGGCUCUCAGAGGUCCUGCCCGGGGGCAGCUCGCCAGACCUCCUGAGACGCCCUCCUUUUGGCUCCUGCCCAACCCUGUCGUCUAGUCACAACCCUCUGGCCUCCACUUCCUCCUGCGCCUUUUCUCCAGCCGUCAUCUCAGCGUCCCCAGCUCCAUUCUCUACUUCGCUGAGCUGACUUCUGGAGCCAGGAUUUCUCCGUAAUCCUGUCCCCUGGUUCUGUUUCACCAAGAAUGCCUGCCGCAGAACUACAGUUCAAUCUGGAUAUCAAAUUGCUGAAAGUACUGUGCCGGGAGACAUCGAAGGAGAUCCUUCUGUCAUCUGCUUCGUGUGCUUGCAUCAGCUCCUGGGCUUUUACAAAAUGGGAAACCCUUCACCUGGAGCCCUCAAGAACAGUGCUACUUCAAGUGACGGUCUGCAGUGAGAGGGGAGGAAAACAGCAUACACCAGAGAAGAAUUCAUUGGUUAUCCUUGUGGUCCUUCCUGGAUGUGACCAGCUUCCUUCUUUGGAGUCGGUGGAAAAUUACACCCUGGUCAUAAAUGAUGAUCAUUGUUUCCUCCUCUCUGAGACUGUCUGGGGAGCUCUCCGAGGUCUGGAGACUUUUAGCCAGCUAAUUUGGAGAUCUCCCGAGGGCACGUUCUUUAUCAACAAGACCGAGAUUGAAGACUUCCCCCGCUUCUCUCACCGGGGCUUGUUGUUGGAUACGUCUCGCCAUUACCUGCCACUGACUAGCAUCCUGGACACUCUGGACGUCAUGGCAUACAAUAAAUUCAACGUGUUCCACUGGCAUCUGGUCGAUGACUCUUCCUUCCCAUAUGAGAGCUUCACUUUUCCAGAGCUCACCAGAAAGGGGUCCUACAAUCCUGUCACCCAUGUCUACACAGCACAAGAUGUGAAAGAAGUGAUUGAAUAUGCACGGCUUCGGGGUAUCCGUGUGUUGGCAGAGUUUGACACUCCUGGCCACACUCUGUCCUGGGGACCAGGUUUCCCUGGAUUAUUGACUCCUUGCUACUCUGGGUCUCGUCCCUCUGGCACCUUCGGACCAGUGAAUCCCAUUCUCAAUACUACCUAUGAAUUCAUGAGCACAUUCUUCUUGGAGGUCAGCUCUGUCUUCCCAGAUUUUUAUCUUCACCUUGGAGGAGAUGAGGUUGAUUUCACCUGCUGGAGGUCCAACCCAGAUAUCCAGGCCUUUAUGAAGAUGAAAGGCUUUGGUAAUGACUUCAAGCAGCUGGAGUCCUUCUACAUCCAGACACUGCUGAAUAUCGUCUCUGCCUAUGGCAAAGGUUAUGUGGUGUGGCAGGAAGUGUUUGAUAAUAAAGUAAAGGUUCCUCCAGAUACAAUCAUCCAGGUAUGGCGAGAAGAGGUACCAGUAAAUUAUUUGAAGGAGCUGGAGCUAAUUACCAGAGCCGGCUUGCGUGCCCUGCUCUCUGCCCCCUGGUACCUGAAUCACAUAACUUAUGGCCCUGACUGGAGAGAUCUCUACGUGGUGGAGCCCCUGGAAUUUGAAGGUGGCGCUCAGCAGAAGGCUCUAGUGAUUGGUGGAGAGGCCUGUAUGUGGGGAGAGUAUGUGGACAGCACAAAUCUGGUCCCCAGACUCUGGCCCAGAGCAGCAGCCGUUGCUGAGAGGCUGUGGAGCAACAAGUCGGUGACUAACCUGGACUUGGCCUUUAAACGUCUGACACGGUUCCGCUGUGAGCUGCUAAGGCGAGGUGUCCAGGCCCAACCCCUCAAUAUAGGCUACUGUGAACAGGAAUUUGAACAAACCUGAGCAGCCCCAGGCACUGAAGAGGGUGCUGGCCCUAGGAGAGUGGUAGUGGGGCCAGGCUUCCACUGCAUCCCGGCCGGGGGACGGAGCCCCUUGCCUACGUGCCCCUGUGCAUGGAGAGAAGGGGGCCAGUGUUGGCACUAGCAUCCAAUAAAGAGUGAUGUGGCUUUUUUCCAUAAUGAA